AGCCGUCAGUGAAGCAGCCGUCAGUGAAGCAGCCGUCAGUGAAGCAGCCGUCAGUGAAGCAGCCGUCAGUGAAGCAGCCGUCAGUGAAGCAGCACUCAGUGAAGCAGCACUCAGUGAAGCAGCCGUCAGUGAAGCAGCACUCAGUGAAGCAGCCGUCAGUGAAGCAGUGAAGCAGCACUCAGUGAAGCAGCCGUCAGUGAAGCAGCCGUCAGUGAAGCAGUGAAGCAGCACUCAGUGAAGCAGCACUCAGUGAAGCAGCACUCAGUGAAGCAGCCGUCAGUGAAGCAGCACUCAGUGAAGCAGCACUCAGUGAAGCGUUGUGUUGUAUCAGCAUGGCCAACUCAGUAUUCCCAUACUGCUGGACCCUGUGCCUGAUUCAGCUGGCUACAGGACUGGUUCAUGGAAACGUUCGUCUAGACGACUCCCAUCCCGGCCUCAGACGCACCGACCACUCCUUCCUCUCCGAUAUAGGUAAAGGCUCUCUCUCUAGAGGGGAUCCUGUUGGUUUCCGCUUAGAGUCUGAGGAGGAAGAGGAGAAGGAGGAGGAGCUGCUGAUGGAUAUGGAAACCUACGAUGAGGAUGUUGCUGAGGCGAUGCAGCUGCAGAGCAGAGCCAUGCGUUCUCCCCGUCGUUGUAUCCCCCACCAGCAGUCCUGUCUGGGUAACACGCUGCCCUGCUGCGACCCCUGCGAUACCCGCUACCCCCGAAUGUUCGGCUCCAUCUGCUACUGCCGUCGGACGGCCUGCGCCGGGGCUCACCGGCGUCCCUAAAACACUCCUAGAAAACCCUCUACGGCCCCCUCCUCUCACGGUGGGGCCCCUUUCUCUGCCAGUCUACAGUCAGUAUCUAAUCCAUAUCCGCAAGGCUUGAUUUUAUGAGCACGCAAACAAAGACUAUACAUCCCAGGAUGCAUCAGUGAGACCGGCCAAUAGGACACUCCUUACGUUGUAUUUUCUUCUUGAUGUUAACUCUGGUUGUGUUUUAUUUUUUAUUUGAUUUUUUUCCCGAUAGGUUAAAUGGAUGUUACGUUGGGUGUACAUUUAUCGUUCAAUGAAUGUCGAAAGACAAAUCAAUCUCUAAAAAGGCAAUAUAAUUGUCUAAAAAAAAAUUGCCUUCGAUUUCUUUUUUUUUUUUUUGUUAAUUAUUUUUAAUCAAUAAUAAAAAAAACUGUGAACAUAUUUUUUUUUUUUUAAAAGAGACCAGAAUGUAAAAUACUUACAUGACUCAAAUCAAAAGUUGACAUUUAAAGUUUUGUUUAUUGAUUUUAAAUAGUGAAUCAGGUUCCGUAUGUUCAAUCAUGUGCCCAGAGUCUGAACAGUAGUCUAAUUGUGAGGCAGAACAGUUUCUGCUACGUGGUUUAAGACUCCAGUAUGUGAAACUAGCAUAAUGAAUUAUAUAUAUAUAUAUUUAAAUAUCUGUAGUUGAUAUAUUCCAUAAUAGGGAAACAGCUUUUUAUUAAAAACAAUUGUAUUCAAUUGGCAGCCAUUAUUUUGAAAGUCCAACACUCUCUCUACGUAAC